AUGUCCGAGGUUCACAAACUCAACAGCCCUGACAGGCCGGUAGUGCCUAUGUAUUCACAUGCGGUGAAGAUCCCGGGCCUUGUCUUCUGCACCGGACAAAUGCCUAUAGACAGAAUAGGCAAUGUUAUCCCAGGGGAUAUCAAAGCUCACACUGCAAGUUCAUCAUGUCAUAUGACUGCUGGUUCAUCGUGGGAUAAAGUGGUGAAAGUGAAUGUUUACCUCAAGAGCAUGGACGACUAUGCGGCUAUGAACGAGGAGUAUAUUAAGCUUCUCCCUGACCCUAAGCCGGCUCGUACGUGCAUCCAAGCUGGAAAGUUGCCUUACGAUAUAGACAUAGAGAUCGAAGCGAUUGCUGCAACUUAA